GCCGACAAUGCAAAGCUCACUCUUGCAAUGUACAUUACAAGCUUCGGAAAUAUUUUCUUAUUUUAUUUGGCAUCUGUGACUAGUGAAGAAAUCGUUUCAUAGCGACUCAUUUAAAAUGGUCUUAUUAACGCUACACUGGAGUCUGGAUGGCAUCCUCAUCCUUUCGUUCCUGAUGGUUGCCGCUUAUCUGUUUGUGACUCGGAAAUUUAAUUACUGGUCGAAACGGGGCGUGAAAGAGCUUGCACCUACGCCUUUCGUAGGCAACUUCAUGGACUGUCUCCUGUCAAAAAAAUCGGCCCCGCAAUUUCUCAAGGACCUAUAUAAUUAUGGCAGAGAUUUGCCUUUAUUGGGUUUCUACGUCUUUGAUAAACCUUACCUGUUAAUUCGCGAUCCAGAACUCGCGAAGCACGUCCUAAUGAAGGACUUCGACUAUUUCGCUGAUAGGUACUCGACUGCAGAUGAAAAAAAUGAUCGUCUUGGAUACGCAAAUUUAUUCAUGAUGAAAAAUCCAGGAUGGAAAUCUCUCAGACCAAAAUUGACGCCAUUUUUUACUCCGGGCAAGCUGAAGAAAAUGUUCGAUAUAAUGCUGCCAGUCGCUGACGACUUUGCAAAGCAUCUCGAUUCGUUGCAUUUGGAGGGCGAAGGAAAAGUAAUCGAGUUCAAAGAUAUUUGCGCGAAUUUCACUACCGAUAUGAUCGGUAGCACUUCGUUUGGCUUAAAAGUAGGUUCGUUAGAGAAUCCAAAAGCACCGUUUCGUGAAUAUGGCAGGAAGAUCUUCGAUUAUGAUUACCAUCGUAGCAUGGAAGUCCUUGCUAUAUUUUUUUCCCUGGAUUAGUCAAGUAUCUC